CUCGGCGCGGUGCCGCUUCCUGUCCCCCUCGUCGCGCCGUCUCACACCGCCCGUCCGGGACGCGGCUCGCACCGGACCCCCUCCCCGUGCCCGGCGACGCCCCCGGCCCCAUGCAAUCCCGGCUCCUGCUCCUCGGGGCCCCGGGCGGCCGCGGAGGCCCAGCUGCGCGGCGCGUGAGGCUGCUCCUGGGGCAGGUGGUGCGGCGCCAGCCGGGCGGCGACGCGCGGCGCUCGGAGGUCAAGCUGCUGCACGCCGGGGCGGGGGCCGACACAGGUGAUACAGUUAAUAUUGGAGAUGUAUCUUACAAGUUGAAAACGCCUAAGAGCCCGGAACUUGUGCCACAGAACUACUUUUCAGACUCUCUGGCUCAAUCAGUAAUUCAGCAUCUAAGAUGGAUAAUGCAGAAGGAUCUUUUGGGGCAAGAUGUCUUUCUAAUAGGACCUCCUGGGCCUCUUCGCCGCUCUAUUGCUAUGCAGUACCUGGAGUUGACCAAACGGGAGGUUGAAUACAUCGCCUUAUCAAGAGACACCACCGAAACUGAUCUCAAACAGCGUCGAGAGAUCCGCGCAGGCACGGCUUUUUACAUCGAUCAGUGUGCAGUUCGUGCAGCCACAGAAGGUAGAACUCUCGUUUUGGAAGGCUUGGAGAAGGUGGAGAGGAAUGUUCUUCCUGUUUUGAACAACUUGCUGGAAAAUAGGGAGAUGCAGCUUGAAGAUGGACGCUUCCUGAUGUCUGCUGAGCGUUACAACAAACUUCUCCAAAAUCAUACCAAAACAGAAUUGGAUGCUUGGAAGAUUGUCCGAGUUAGUGAAGAUUUCCGAGUGAUCGCCUUGGGCUUGCCAGUACCUAGGUACUCUGGGAAUCCAUUAGAUCCCCCGCUCCGAUCUCGAUUUCAAGCCAGAGAUAUUUAUUAUCUACCCUUCCAGGACCAACUUAAACUGUUGUAUUCAGUUGGAGCCAAUGUUUCUGCUGAGAAAAUUUCUCAACUCUUAUCCUUUGCCACCACUCUCUGUUCCCAAGAAUCUUCUGCUCUUGGACUUCCAGAUUUUCCUUUAGAUAGUUUACCAGCUGCAGUUCAAAUCCUGGAUUCCUUUCCUAUGAUGUCCAUCGAACGUGCAAUCCGGUGGCUUUACCCAUACACUGUUUUACUAGGACAUGAAGGGAAGAUGGCUGUGGAAGUUGUUUUAAAACGCUUUGAACUCCAAGAUUCAAGAAGCUCCCUGCUUCCUGAAGAGGUUGUGAGAGUGGAGAAGAUGACUGAAAACCAUGUCUUCCAAGCUUCUGUGACCAUCCGGAUUGCAGAAAAAGAGGUGACCAUUAAGGUGCCAGCUGGAACCAGGCCAUUAAGUCAACCUUGCACAUCAGACCGUUUUAUACAAACUUUAAGCCAUAAACAACUACUGGCUGAAAUGAUGCAGUCUCACAUGGUUAAGGACAUAUGUUUAAUUGGAGGAAAAGGUUGUGGAAAAACAGUCAUCGCUAAGAACUUUGCAGAUACCUUAGGAUACAAUAUAGAACCUAUCAUGCUCUAUCAGGAUAUGACAGCGCGUGAGUUGCUACAGCAGAGAUACACGCUUCCAAAUGGAGACACUGCCUGGCGGUCCUCACCCCUUGUAAAUGCUGCUCUGGAAGGGAAGCUGGUCCUCUUGGAUGGCAUUCACAGAGUCAAUGCUGGUACAUUCGCUGUAUUACAAAGAUUGAUCCAUGACCGAGAGCUAAGCCUCUAUGAUGGCUCUAGGCUGCUGAGAGAAGACCGGUAUAUGCGUUUAAAGGAGGAGCUGCAAAUGUCUGAUGAGCAGCUACAGAAGAGAUCGAUUUUUCCUGUCCACCCCUCCUUCAGAAUCAUUGCCUUAGCAGAACCCCCUGUUACUGGAAGCACGGCACAGCAGUGGCUGGGACCAGAAUUCUUAACCAUGUUCUUUUUCCAUUACAUGAAACCACUUGUCAAAAGUGAAGAAAUCCAAGUGAUUAAGGAAAUGGUCCCAAAUAUGCCUCAGGAAGCUUUGGACAAAUUGUUAUCAUUUACACACAAACUCAGAGAGACACAGGAUCCAACAGCGCAGUCAUUGGCAGCAUCCCUUUCUACCAGACAGCUGUUGAGGAUUUCUCGUCGGCUGUCACAGUACCCUAACGAAAAUCUUCACAGUGCUGUCACUAAAGCCUGUCUUUCCAGGUUUUUACCAAGCCUUGCAAGGUCAGCAUUAGAAAAAAAUCUGGGAGAUGCUGCAAUAGAAAUAAGUCCUGAUAAUAACCUGGAGCCAGAAUUGGAGGAUUACAAAUGUGAAGUCACAUCUGGAUCUCUGAGGAUUGGAGCUGUUAGUGCACCGAUCUAUAAUGCCCAUGAGAAAAUGAAAGUGCCUGAUGUUCUGUUCUAUGACAACAUCCAGCACAUGAUAGUGAUGGAAGAUAUGCUCAAAGACUUUCUUCUUGGAGAACACCUAUUAUUGGUUGGGAACCAGGGCGUAGGAAAAAACAAGAUUGUUGAUAGAUUCCUUCACCUGCUCAACAGACCUCGAGAAUAUAUCCAGCUGCACAGGGACACCACGGUCCAGACCCUUACUCUUCAGCCUUCUGUUAAAGAUGGACUUAUUGUGUAUGAAGACUCACCUUUGGUUAAAGCAGUAAAAUUGGGUCAUGUUCUGGUAGUAGAUGAAGCAGACAAAGCCCCAACAAAUGUCACCUGUAUUUUAAAAACUCUAGUAGAAAAUGGAGAAAUGAUUCUAGCAGAUGGAAGGCGCGUUGUUGCAAAUUCUGCAUUAGUCAAUGGAAGAGAAAAUGUUGUUGUGAUCCAUCCUGACUUUAGGAUGAUCGUUCUGGCCAACAGACCUGGAUUUCCUUUCCUAGGCAAUGAUUUCUUCGGCACCUUAGGUGAUAUUUUUAGCUGCCAUGCAGUUGAUAAUCCCAAACCCCACUCGGAGCUCAAGAUGCUCAGGCAGUAUGGCCCCAAUGUGCCCGAGCCCAUCCUUCAGAAGCUCGUGGCUGCCUUUGGAGAGCUGAGGAGUUUAGCUGACCAGGGCAUUAUUAACUAUCCUUAUUCUACCAGAGAAGUUGUCAACAUAGUCAAGCAUUUACAGAAAUUUCCCGCUGAAGGUCUCUCCAGUGUGGUUAGGAAUGUGUUUGACUUUGAUUCCUACAACAACGACAUGCGGGAGAUUUUGAUUAACACUUUACACAAAUACGGGAUACCUAUUGGAGCAAAACCUACCAGUGUGCAGCUGGCAAAGGAGUUGCCUUUGCCACAGCAGACCUUCAUGGGCUAUUGGACAAUUGGUCAGUCAAGAAAUGGAAUGCAAAAACUAUUGUGUCCAGCAGAAACUCAUCGUAUAGAUGUAAAGGGUCCAGCACUUAUAAACAUACAGGAGUAUCCAAUAGAAAGACAUGAAGGAAGAUCCCAUACCUUUACUGAAGAAUGUGCCUCCUGGAAGUUACCAUUGGAUGAAAUUAACUUAAUCUGCGACAUCGCUACAUCACAUGAAAAUGAGGAAAAUACUCUCUAUGUAGUUGCAUGCAAUCCCGUUUCCUUAUACUUUAUGAAUAUGACUGGGAAAAGCGGCUACUUUGUGGACCUUUUUGACAUCUUCCCAAGAGCGGCCAGUGGAGUCUGGCACCCAUUUGUGACAGUGGCACCGCUGGGAAAUCCCCUCAAGGGUCAAGUGAUUCUCCAUGAGCAGCAGAGCAAUGUCAUCCUGUUGUUGGAUACCACUAGCCAAGCCCUUCAUCGUCUCAUCUUACCUUCAGAAGAGUUUACACUUAAGAAAACUUCCUGGUGGAACAAGGAGGAAGCUGAAACUUACAAAAUGUGUAAAGAAUUUGCACACAAAAACUGGCUAGUAUUCUACAAAGAAAAAGGGAACACCCUGGCUGUGCUGGAUGUUCUAGAAGGGCGAACUCACACCAUCUCACUUCCCAUCAACCUCCAGACAGUUUUUCUCGUAGCAGAAGACAAAUGGCUUCUGGUGGAGAGCAAAACACAUCAGAAAUAUCUUUUAACUAAGCCUGCACACAUCGAAUCUGAGGACAGUAGGGUUUGCCAGUUGUAUGUGCUGAAAGAGGAGCUGCCUAGCACAGGGUUUGGAGUCACACAAGAAACAGACUUCAGCAUACCUCAUAAAAUUUCAAGUCAUCAACUAUCAUCUGAAAAUCUGAGUUCAGCUGUGGGACAAAAGAUUGCCUCUCCUAACCGAAUUCUCGCAGAUGAGAAGAGUUAUGCUACAGUCGUUGUUGGUUUCCCAGAUCUCAUGUCACCUAGUGAAGUUUAUUCUUGGAAAAGGCCAACGUCUUUGCAUAAAUCGAGGGUCACUGAUACAUUCUAUGGAGGCAAGAAGAAAAUUGGAACUCCAAAGCAGAGCAAUUGUGUGACGCUUUUGGAUACUAAUCAGAUAGUCAGGAUUUUGCCCCCAGGAGAAGUCCCUCUAAAAGAUAUCUACCCAAAAGAUGUUAUCCCUCCACAAACAGCUGGUUAUAUAGAAGUCACUGAUCUCCAAUCAAAGAGACUCCGAUACAUCCCUAUUCCUGGAUCAGACUCUCUCUCACCAUAUACCACGUGGCUAUCUACUAUCUCGGACACAGAUGCACUGCUGGCUGAGUGGGGCAACGGUGGCGUUGUCACUGUUGACAUGGGAGGUCGCAUCCGGCUUUGGGAAACUGGACUGGAACAUCUGCAGCGGUCACUCAUGGAAUGGAGAAACAUGAUUGGACAAGAAGGUGACAGACUUAUGCAGAUAACAAUCAACAGAGAGAGCGGUGAAGACGUGAGUUCCCCCAAACACGGCAAGGAGGACCCAGACAACAUGCCGCAUGUGGGCGGCAAUACUUGGGCUGGCGGCACAGGGGGAAGAGACACUGCAGGUCUGGGCGGCAAAGGAGGUCCUUACCGGCUGGAUGCAGGCCACGCAGUGUACCAGGUCUCUGAGGCUGAGAAAGAUGCAGUUCCUGAGGAAGUGAAGAGAGCUGCGAGAGAGAUGGGCCAGAGAGCGUUUCAACAGAGGUUAAAGGAGAUCCAAAUGAGUGAAUAUGAUGCUGCAACCUAUGAAAGGUUUUCAGGGGCUGUUCGACGGCAGGUGCACUCCCUCCGAAUUAUCCUGGAUAAUUUACAGGCUAAAGGUAAAGAAAGACAGUGGCUAAGACACCAAGCUACUGGGGAACUAGAUGAUGCCAAGAUCAUUGAUGGGCUGACUGGAGAAAAAGCCAUCUACAAACGCCGGGGUGAGCUGGAGCCACAACUGGGCAGCCCCCAACAGAAACCCAAGCGCCUGCGUCUGGUGGUGGACGUGUCCGGCAGCAUGUACCGCUUUAAUGGGGUGGACGGCCGGCUUGAGCGCUCGAUGGAAGCCGUGUGUAUGGUCAUGGAGGCCUUUGAGAGCUAUGAGGAGAAGUUCAAGUAUGACAUCGCUGGACACUCUGGAGAUGGCUACAACAUUGCUCUAGUUCCAAUUAACAAAAUCCCCAAGGACGAUAAGCAAAGACUGGAAAUUCUCAGGACGAUGCACGCCCACGCUCAGUUCUGCAUGAGUGGGGACCACACAUUAGAGGGGACGGAACACGCCAUCAAGGAAAUCGUCAAAGAAGAAGCUGACGAGUACUUUGUCAUUGUCUUAAGUGAUGCCAACCUGUCACGCUAUGGAAUACAUCCUGCCAAGUUUGCCCAGAUCCUGACAAGCAACCCUCAAGUAAAUGCUUUUGCCAUUUUUAUUGGAUCUUUAGGUGAUCAAGCAGCCAGGCUUCAGAGAACUCUACCAGCUGGCCGGUCUUUCGUUGCCAUGGAUACCAAGGACAUCCCUCAGAUUCUACAACAGAUUUUCACCUCCACCAUGCUGUCCAGUGUUUAAGAAGUGGCCUUUAUCAUCCCGAUGACCCUGGGAUUUGAAAUAAGCUAGGAAGAAAGAGUAUUCUGAAGAAAAGAAGAGGUCUAUAAAGUGCCCCUGAGUGAUGACUGGCUAAUUCUGGCAUUCCCAGGCUUUCCUGCGCUUGCUAAGUAAUCAGAGUUCAGCGAAGCAACCAGAGCGGGGCCUGUGCAUGGAAAUCUACAACCAUUGAUGGGUUUACAAAUCAUUAGAGGAAGCGAGUUGACCUGCAUUAUACAAAAGGUCAGGGUUAAGGGAAGGUGGUUUGAGAACUAUGGUGCGUGGUCUAUUUCCAAAAACCUGAGGGAAAGAGUACCUUGCUUUUGCCUUAACACAGCACCUGGUCACCUAGGAUAACAAAAGUGACCCCAGCAAACUAAGCCUUUGAUGCCACAUUCUGACACUGGAAUACAAGUCUGUGCAAACUCACCCAACCAGCUCUUCUUCAAUAAUUAUUUUUAUUUUCUCCUCCACUCUGUACUGCCCAACAAACAAUGACUUUACAGUAUUUAACCCACUGAAAAGUCCUUUCAACGGCAAUAUUCUAUAAAAGGUUGGGUUUUCUCAAUAAUUUCAUUUUCUUAGCCAAAACCGAAAGGAAUCAAAAGAUCCUUGGAUUGCUUCCUUUCCCACGUGACUUUUAAAAGGCUUUUUAAAUAAUAAGGAGCAAAUGUCCUAUUCUCCGUGCUGCUGGGAUUGGAGGGAUGUCUUGCCUUAAGUUUCCUGUUUCUUCUCCUUCUUUAAUGCUCCUCAGAAGUUUCACACUCCUCCGUUUUGGUGUCCAAAAUGUAAUGCUCAAAAUAACAAAUGCUUAUGUUUUUACAUAAAGCAAAGUGAAAACAAGGCAGUAUGUUUGAACUGAAUGGUAAUGAGAUUUCUUUAGCUAUAAAUAUAUAUAUAUAUUUAAGCCUCAUUCUUUUUUUUUAUUCCCAUUCUCUCUUGGGCUGACCUUUACUUAUCAAUAGACCCGAUGUCAGUUUUUUUUUUUUAAUCAAAUGCUCCAGCAGAAGUCAGUCUCUUUCCAACCAUAUAAUAAAAGUUUCUCUUCACCUUUGAUGGUAAAGUCCGAAAUGCUAGGGGCACCAUUGUGUCUGUGCUUUCAUAAGACAAGUUGGAAAAAUUAGUCUUGUUAAUAAUGGUAAGUUAUUCACCCAUACAUAGUGGGAAUUGUACGAUUCAUUUUACUUUCGUUAUAGGAAAGAAAAAUAGAUGACACGCAUUUGUUUCACCAAUCCAUCUCCCUAUCAAAGAAAUAAAAGCAAUCAGAUUUCCAGCGCAGUAUUGCCCAGCAAGUUUGCGUGGCUUGUCUUGUUUCUCUAGACAGACGCUUGCUUUGUGUACUGAAUCAUCCAAUGGUGCAAACAAUUUCAAUCCAAGAAGUAUCUUUAAAAAUGCAAUAGCAGGGCUUCCCUGGUGGCGCAGUGGUUAAGAAUCCGCCUGCCAAUGCAGGGGACACGGGCUCGAGCCCUGUUCCGGGAAGAUCCCACAUGCCGCGGAGCAACUAAGCCCGUGCGCCACAGCUACUGAGCCUGCGCUCUAGAGCCUGCGAGCCACAGCUACUGAAGCCCACGCGCCUAGAGCCUGUGCUCUGCAACAAGAGAAGCCACCGCAAUGAGAAGCCCCUGCACCGCAGCGAAGAGUAGCGCCCACUCGCCCCAACUAGAGAAAGCCCGUGCGCAGCAACGAAGACCCAGCUCAGCCAAAAAUAAAAUAAACAUUAAUUUUUUAAAAAAUGCAGUUGCAUUAAUAACAACAAUAAUGAUAAGAACGGCAGCUAGCAUUUACUGAUUACUAUGUACCAGGUAUGCUAAGUGAUUUCAUACAUUAUUCCAUUCAAUCCUCACAACAGUGCAUGUAAAAUAGGUAUUUUUUAGCCUCAUUUACAGAUAAGGAAAGUGAGGCUCAGAGAACUUAAAUCACUUUCCCAAGAGUCCCACUUCUAGACUAUUGACUAACUACUCAUUGUACUAUUAACAUCCUCAUUUUACAAAGAGGGAAACUGAGGCUUAGGGAAUUUCAAGAAAAUAGGGGAAGGGGCAGAGCUGUGACCCUGGACUGUCCCCUCUCAUGCUUUAUUCUUGCAAACCUAGAUGUCGAGCUUUUGGUGCCUUUUUCUCCUUUCUCCCAGUGCUGUUUCUCUUCUUGCAAAACGACCACAUUUCCUAGAGCUCCCUCUCCACGGUGCUCAGAAACUAUCUGCACGAUUUGAGCACUUAGAGGAGGGAGUGGGGACCAAGGACAUGGGACACUGCUGGAGGGACACUACCAACUGCUCCUUCUUGGGCCCACAGAGAACUGAGGAAGUGUCCAUCCAAGGGGCAGCUUAACCCCUAGGGGUGCCCCUUUGCUAGAGGGUCACAGCCCCUGAAAGCCUUUGGAAGUUGAAUCCAAGAGUGAUUGACAGAACAGCCUUUUAAUGAAUCCUCCCUAUGGGUAACUACCUGGGUAAGCAGAAGCCUUUUUUUUUUUUUUUAUAACAUGGAAAGAAUGUUCUCAAGUAAUUUAAUUUCCCUUUCCCCACCGGCCAGACAUCCUUUGCAAAAGUUAUUUUUUAAAAAUAUGUAACCCCUGGCUUUUCUGAUUUGUAAGAGGGAAGGAUGAUGGGGGAGGGGAGUAGAGAGUGAGAAAAUGAAGGGCUUCUUUUCACUUCUUGCAAUACCUAAGAAGUUGUGCCUUUAUUAUUAAAUGCACUUAAUUAUAGGCCACUCCAAGCUAUUCCCAGGCCCUUCUUAGGGCCAGGACGUUAUAAUAAACGCAUUGUGUGCCUCAGGGGGGGGUUCCAGAGAAAGGCAGCUAAAUCCGUCCUCAGGGAGCCCGUGUAAUGCUGAGAGGGUUCAUUGUGAUCCCCGGCAGCCAGGAGGAAUGAAUGCCAUGAAUCGUCUCAGUAGAGGAUGCGUUUUCCCCCUGGAGUUCUUUGUGUGCUCCAGCAAAAUGACCUCAUCACAUACAGGCAGCCCAAGCGCAGCCACAAGAAGAGGGUGAGAGCAGGCAUACCAGAGCCCAGCACAUGUUUGGAAUGAAUCAUUUAAUUCUUUACAUUACACCCUUUCCUGUGAGCCAUCAGGAGGAGAAAUCCAUCAAUGCCAGAAAGGUUUACUCUAAACAAACUUCCAGGCUUUGAGAGCCAUGUAGAAGUGGUUUUCCGUGGGGAGCAGUGUCAGCGUCCCUGGAGGCAGCUCAGGAGGCUCCAAACCCUCCCUCCACCUGGUGUCUUCUCACGCCUGUCAGAUCAGCCAAAAUGAAAUUCCUCGGGGAACAGAGGAAAGAGAUAUGGGACCAGGGAGCAAGAGGCAUCCUCGCUUAUUUGUUGCGUUUCUAUUUGUUUCCUCCCAUCGCAAUUAUAAGAGAUAUUUCACAAGUCUAAGCUGAUACCUCACGUGCCUAGACAGACAUUUUUUUCUGGAAUUGCAUCUAAGGAAUAGUCAAACGUCCAUUCGUGUUUAGUAAACUGUACGUCACUUCUUCAAGUUAUUAAGAAAUAAAAUGUCCCCUUUUUAAAAAUCAUUCCAACCACUAACAUAGAUGGCUUUUUAAAAUACUAAUUGAAGGGUCUAAUUCACUACCAAUUUCUGGUCAGGGUUAUAUCAUAAAGUUCUUACCUGUUGCUUUUCCUUUACCUUUUUUCUAAGACUUGCUGUGGCCAAAGUACUACAGGUCAUGGAAAGGAAUUCCGAAGUUCCAUCUUGUAGUGGGAGGAUUUCCAAACUCUGGGUAGAAUUAGUCAGUAGGAAGGAAGUUCUCAAUGCUGCUCGGCUGUUAACUACCUGUGCAGACUUGGGCUAGUCACUCGUGGGCCUCAAUUGCUUCAUCUCUGAAUUAAAAGCUUGGACAAAAUGAUCUCUAACACUGAAGUCCCACGUUCCUUUAACUCCUACAGAACUGACUUUGUCCCUUGUAUGUCUUAGAGAGUCACAUCAUCUCAGUGUAUUUUUGUCCCAACCUCACACGCAUUUUAGCCCCUACUGUACAGAGAAUUUUGGCACGUAUAUCAAUCGCCCUAACAAAAGUGUGUUAUUGAAUGAAUAUGCAUUCUAAAAGCUACAUAAGCUUCAUUAGAAUUGGUCAAGAGGGCUUUUUCCCCCCAGCAGUUGGACAGAUAUUUCUGUUGGAUCAUGAUUCACAAGAUUUCUGCCCAUUGUCUCUUGCUUUGCAUUUUGCAGCCAUAAAAUAAAAUUCCAUGUCUGCUGAUCUGCACAGUGGGAUCAAAAAGGAUCAGGAAUUGGAAAACUACUGUGUGCUGAGAGCUGACCUUUGUGCCACAGCUGAACAAUGUGCAAUUGUGUAUGUGUUUUUUUUUUUAAAUUGUUAGAUCCUGUAAACAAAAAUCUCCUCCAGAGGAGAAAAAAAAUGCUUGCCAAGCAAACUCUCAAGAUGAGAGCAAUUUGACACUCUUUUUUUUUUUUUUUUUUGAGACUAAACGCUAUCUGGGGCUUUCACCUUCAAACAGAGACAGCGUCUCUUCUGGCCCAGCCGUGCACAUUUGCUUUAGAAUGCCAGGGUUACAUAAUUUUAAAAUUGAGUGGCACUUGUGGUAUUUGGCCACUCAGAGCAAAGUAUAACACUCUUUUAAGGUGGCUUGGGUCCUUAAAAUGUGGCGAGAACAUCGUGUUCUGCUCUAAGAAAUCUCAGCAAGGGACCUGUCAGCUCUAAAAAGCAUGGACCACCGCGCAUGGUCCCCCCAUCCCGCCCUCAGCAGGUACCAAAGGCACCCUGACCCUUCGUUCUUCUCACGGGCUUCAGUGAAAGGGUUUGGAGCUGCCAGCUCUUCCCCUAUAGGAACAACUGAACGAUUUGUCAAUAAACCCCGACUCCAAAGAUGGUAGGUAUGACCCCAGAGGAGUUCCAGAAUAUAAGGAUUUAUUGAAAUUACGUGCAACUCUGAAGCAUUAGUAACAGUAACUGGAGCUUGACCUGGAAAUGGAAGGAAACUGUCUGUCUGAAUUUCCCAAAGCGAGUGUGUCUGUCAUGCCGGCCGGAAUGUGGAGAGAAAGUAAUGAACCUGUCAAGAGUCCUUUGUGUAAUUGGUCUCAUGAUACCAUACUUGAAGCCUUAUUCGUUGAAACUUGAAGAAAAAUAAAGUGUAUUUACUCAGACAGGACAUUCAAGUUGGACUUUCAAAUGUAACAUUUAUAUUAAUAAAUACCAAUGCUAAUU